AUGAGCUAUAACCAGGAGGAGUGCAGUGAAUUAAGCACUCUUUCCGAGGAGGAUAUCAGAUGUCCCGGCCCAUUAUACAGGGUAAAAGUCUUCUUCAUGGGGGACCAAGGUUCUGGAAAAUCCAGCCUUGUGCAGAGCUUGCUUGGUCCGUCACCUAAGCUGAUAGAGCAGUCAACGGAUGGUGUAAGCCUGGACAUUUGGUACCCUUUCAAAAACACGAGCCAUGCUGAUCUCUUUGACUUCACCCUAAAUAGGGAACAACGCCAUUUGGUAUUAGAGAUGUGGGACCUAGCUGGCCGUCAGGUAUGCCAAGGUGUACAUCCCAUGUACAUGACGAGUGGUGCCCUCUAUGUAGUGGUUUUUAAUUCAGCUGACGAUACCAGCCUUGAAAGUGUGUCCACUACUUUCUCUACAAUACAGCACAAGGCUCCUGGGAGUACAGUCAUAUUAGUGAGUUCUCACACGGACAAGCUGACAAAUGAAGACGACUCAAAGGCGCAGAACAAAGCCCGGAAUUGCCUGGCAGGAUUGCGCAUGUGUGAUCAGGAAAUGGUGACAACCCUCAAACAGCAUACGGCGCAAGUCAGGCAAGGCACGCUUUUCAUGUGUUAA